CCAUUUAAACCCCUCACACAGUGCUAGCAUAAGCGCGCGCACGCACAUUCACGCGGGGCUGACUAGCCGAGCACGCUUUCAAGGUAAAAAAACUACGAGUAUCUUCAAUACAAAGUAGUUUCCAAUACAAAACUAUCUAAUUCAACUCAUAAUAAUUGUUUUGAAAACAGGGUGAGAAAAUAUUGUAGCCAAUCUCAGUGAAUAAUAAAUUGCGCGUCUUCCAUUGCAGCGUUCCACAAGCAGCUGAGCAGCUGUCCUGACCACCUGUUGUGGAAGAUCCUAUUCUACACUGAGUGGAAGAGGUGCGGGCGGCGGGAAGAUGUUGCUAGAGACAGUGUGUCUGAUGUGGCUGGCAGUGAGCGUUGCCUCCCAACAGGUAGACCCCUCGAGCACACUGGACUGCCACCGGCGGGUCUACAACCACAAGGUGUCCAAGGCGGACUCGCAAGGUCGCCUCUGUUGGGACACCAUCAGUGUCAUGAGCUGCUGGGGGCGAUGCGACUCCAAUGAGAUAUCUGACUGGCGAUUCCCCUACAAGAGGAGCUUCCACCCGGUCUGCCUGUUCGAUUCGAGGGAGAUCGCGGUGGCGAAACUGUCCAACUGCGACCCCGAUGUGGAGCCCGGCACAGAGCUCUACCAGUUCCAGCAGGCACUCUCUUGUCGCUGUCUCGUCUGCAAAUCAUCCGAAGCUUCCUGCGAAGGUUUAAGGGAGUCAAAUUGAUCGGAAGAAUUAGUGAAUGAGACUGCAGCACCUUCAGCACUCAAGCACUACCUGUGCACUACUCACACUAUUUACUCUCCACUCACUCUCUCUCUCACUCUCCACCGAUGCUUGCUGCCUGAACUUUAUUCUCCCUCUUUUUCUCACUUGUAGUUCUCCCUCACAACCCUUCAUCAGCUCGAUCUUCACUUGUUUACACGCAAACUCGCAACACAGCGCACCAUUUGAAGUUACACUGAUACGCAAACUCAUGCCACUGAUAUAGCUAUACAUAACGUUGGUCUGUUGCCGAUUAUAAGCACCCCACGUCUGUUUGAUUUUCUAGUUGACUGUGCAGCCGGCUCACAUUUCAAGCGUUAACGAAUACAAUGCAUGCGUAGUGCUCCGAAAUUCGAGCAAUCACAUUGGCAUGACUUUAUAUUCUGGAUUAUUCUCAAUUAUCUCCUGUUAAAUUGAGUUACAAUAGUUAACCCCGAGCGUUGAAAAUAUGAGGAAUUUCGACUGCAUGCUCAGUCGUUAUUUGCGAAUUUUACACUGUACUACGAAAUCGAACGAGCAUUGUUAGGUUUUGAUUGCAUCUACCAGAUUGUGAUAUCUUUGAAAAAACACAUUCCAAUUU